AUGGUGGCAGCUCUGCUAUUUAUUUUGCUUUGCAUGCAGUCAGCACACAGCCAGACAUGCACAGAUGGCUUCAGAUACGACCGGAGGUCAAGACAGUGUAUAGACGAGGACGAGUGCCGGACACUUCCUAACCCAUGCAGGGGCGACAUGCGUUGCGUCAACCAGAACGGGGGCUAUCUAUGCCUGCCCCGCGGUCUCUACAACCAGCCUUAUGGGUCUGACCAACCCCAGGUGCCGCAGGUGCAGCAGCCUGACACAGUCUACCCGGGGCGCGGUGGCGGCGGUGGGGGCGUGACGUCCGCAGGAGCACCGGAUAGCUACGUGCCGGCCCCACCAAGGUCGGCUGAGCCCAGCUACCCGCAAGUUAGCUACACGGUGCCGUGCAUCCUGGGUUACUUGCUGGCGGAUGACGGUACCUGCAAUGACAUUGACGAAUGUGUGAGCAACUCCCACCACUGUAACCCCACCCAGGUGUGCAUCAACACGGAGGGGGGAUACACCUGCUCUUGUACUGAAGGCUUUUGGCUCAUCGGGGGCCAGUGUCAGGAUAUCGACGAGUGUCGCUACGGGUACUGCCAGCAGCUGUGCGCCAACGUGCCGGGCUCGUAUUCCUGCUCGUGUAACCCAGGCUUCGUCCUCACCUCGGACAACCGCAGCUGCGUAGACGUGGACGAGUGUGCGGAUGAACCGUGCAGUCACGGCUGCCUCAACAACCACGGCUCCUUCAUGUGCAACUGCGACGAAGGCUUCGAACUGGGGGCUGACGGAACCACCUGCAAUGACGUGGACGAGUGCAGCUUCUCUGAAUUCUUGUGCCAGCACCGAUGCUUGAACACUCCAGGCUCCUUCAAUUGUCUCUGCCCGCCCGGCUACUAUGUCUACGAGGACGGCCGCAGUUGUGAAGAUAUCAAUGAAUGUGAGAGUGGUAACCACACCUGUACAACAGAACGAGUCUGUUUCAAUUUCCAGGGAGGCCACACGUGCUUGGCUCCUUUACAGUGUCCGCCUCAUUACGUUGACGCGGGUGACAAUCAGUGCAUGUGCACAACUGGCAACCCCGCGUGCAGGGACCAGCCCUUCACCAUCCUCUACCGGCACAUGGACUUGUCUUCCGGGCGAAGCGUGCCCGCAGACAUCUUCCAGAUGCAGGCCACUACACGCUACCCGGGCGCCUUCUAUAUCUUCCAGAUCAAGUCGGGCAACGACGGACAAGAGUUCUACAUGAGGCAAACCAGCAACAUGAGCGCCACGCUGGUGCUGUCGCGGCCCAUCUCUGGUCCCCGAGAGGUGGUCCUGGACCUGGAGAUGGUGACGGUCAACAACGUCAUCAACUUCCGCGGCAGCUCCAUCAUCCGGCUGACCAUCUUUGUGUCGGAGCACCCCUUCUGA